AUCCCCUCCCUAACUCCCCACCUACACUCACCUUUACUGGCUCCAUCCCCGCCUCUUCGACCUGUUUGUUUCCUCUCCACCUAUCCUCUCCUCUAUCCAUCUUCUAUCCGCCUCCCACUCUCUCCCUAUUUACUUCGGAACCCCCUUCCCCUCCCCCUUUUCUGAUGAAGGGUCUAGGCCCGAAACGUCAGCCUCUCUGCUCCUAUGAUGCUGCUUGGCCUGCUGUGUUCAUCCAGCCCUGCACCUUGUCUCCUUACCUUUAAACCUGAUUAUUUGGGUCUAAGCCCCACCUGCAGAAGUGAAGCCCUUGGAAUUGCAGCACAACCCAUUCUCGUUUUACCGGAACCUUUAUCUUCUGCGGAGGGCAGCGAGGGAAGGACGUCAGCAAAGGACCAGAAAUCAGAAGAUGUCCCUGUGGUAAAGAUGGCGGCGCCUUGCGGUGCCGGAGCCUGAGGUCGAGCUGGAUUUCGGUGUCUUUGGGUCGUGGGGAAUGUGGAGACCAGCAUCGGGCCUGGCCUGGGCUGCAGCCCGGACCUUCCCUCGCAUGGGGAAGACGGUGAAUCGCUUGUUUUGUGCGGGGAGGAUAGGCGCUCACCUGGAGAAAGAGUGCGGCCGCCGGCAGGGCCGAACCGCGCCUCCUUGGAGGAUUCUCUUCUUUGGAACCGACGAGUUUGCUCAGCGAGUGCUGGAGAAAUUGCAUCCGUCCAGUAGAUUCUUGAAAACUGGAAAGAUGCUGGUACAACAGCUGGAAGUUGUUACUUUGCCUGCCACUAAAUCAGCUGAACUCCCUGUGAGAAAAUAUGCCUUGAUGAAUCAGAUUUCAGUUCAUGAUUGGCCUUACUUCGCACCAAAUGAUUAUUUUGACGUUGGCAUAAUUGUAUCAUUUGGGAAUCUACUCAGUGAGACACUCAUACAGCAAUUCCCAUAUGGAAUAUUGAACCUACAUCCCAGUCUCCUUCCCAGGUGGAGAGGCCCUGCUCCGAUUUUUCACACACUGAUUCAUGGAGAUCAGGUGACAGGGGUGACUAUUAUACAGAUCCGACCAACAAGGUUCGAUGUUGGCCCCAUUGUAAUGCAGCAAGAAUGUGCUGUUCCUCCAAGAUGUACCGCUGAUGAAUUGGGAGUGAUCUUGGCAGAAACAGGGGCUGAAAUGCUUCUUUCAACUUUGGAAAGUCUUCCAGAACUUGUCAAGAAUGCAAGGGAACAAUCCAAGGAGGGUAUUACAUUCGCUCCUAAGAUUAAUGUUGGUAUGAGUUGGGUGAAUUGGCAGGAACAGACAUGGGAGGAGCUUGAUCAGAUAUAUCGAGCAAUAGGAUCCAGGAUUCCUCUACGAACACUGUGGAUGGACAAAACUGUGAAGCUAUUGGAUUUAGUGGAUGUGCGAGAAAUUCCUGUUUCACUGGCUUUCACACCGGAACAAUUAAUCCCUGGGACUAUCCACUUCCACAAGGAAUCAAACACACUUCUGGUGCGUUGCAAGAAUGGCUGGUCAGGCUUCAAGCUGGUGGUGCUGAAGAAGGUUCUCUCGGCUGCUGAUUUUUAUAAUGGGUACCUCCAUCCAUACUUUCGAAAAGGAAGUAAAAUAAAUCAAACAGCGACUAGAUUUCAAACCCACAAACCUGAAAAAAAGCCCAAAGCAAAACUGUCCAAAAGAACUGGAAUGUCACUUGAUGUUAAUAAUUUAAAUGAUUCUGUUUUGUAUAAUUAAACCUCAGUGCUUUUUAAAUGCUUCAUUUUAUAUGUCAAGUAAUACUGUGACUUGGGUGGUCUGCAUACCUUAACUCAAAGUCAGCUGUGCCUGGUGGUUCAAGAAGCAAGGCAGAGACUUGGUGCUGCAGUGGAUCAACAGCUGAAUCUCGAGCAUGACAAAACUAUUCGAUAACUUGGUCGGAAAAGUGACUUCUAGCAUCAUUAAAAAACAUUAACAUGA